CAACAAGCCCUGAACAAUUAUUCAUCAACCACUGUGUGUGCAGAAAAGCGGAGCAUUUGUAAUAAUGGGGUCUGUGCUCGGUGACUGGCCGUCGUACGACCCCCACAACUUCAGCCAACUCCGACCCUCAGAUCCCUCCACUCCGUCUAAGAUGACGCCGACAACCUAUCAGCCCACUCAUAACAGGACCCUUCCACCACCUGAUCAAGUGAUAACUACUGAAACAAAAAAUAUCCUUCUAAGGCACAUCUAUCAGCGUGCUGAAGAGAAGUUGAGACCAAAGAGGGCUGCGCCGGAACAUCUUUUACCCGAGCAUGGAUGCAAGCAACUAAGGGCAUCUGUCCAAGACACUCCCUGUUGAGCCUGCUGCCUAAUUGCCAUCAGUGUAAAUGUGCCUACCACUAUGCCUAGAAUUCGCGUGGUUGUUGUAGAAAUGAAGAAUAGUCUGCUCAAUGCCCAUUGUUGUGGAAAUGCUCAGCCUGUUUGUGGAAUAUGUGUGAAUAAAUCUAUCUACGGUUAAUUUGGAAUGAAAUGACAAAAUCUAUCUUCCUAUUUCUAACAUGAGUAAGUUGUGCAUGCUAAAAACAAGAACACGCCUAACAUAAGGUGCAAGGUCAGAAAUGCUGCUUUACAAGAAAUCUAUUGAGGCUCAGAGUUUCAUCUUAAAUGGCCGAUUUUGUUAAGAGAGGUAACCCAAGUCCUUAUAAAUACAAUACGCCAACCAUGUCUAGCAAACGUAGGAUUCGUUUGCCCGCUCCCAACAGAUUGAUUUAGAAACUCUGUGCAACACAGAAGUUGGGGCAGGCAGGGCGAAGAAAUCUAGUUC